AAAAGUUUUAAAUUUUUAUUUAAAAAUCCAACAAGAAGGUAGCGUAAAUUUAUUUACUCCAAAAAACAUAAUCUAGCAAAAAUUACAGAAAAAAUAAUCAAUCAGUCCGAGAGAGGCGAGAGCAAAGCGCAGUGGCGGAGUUCGAUGGCGGCGGCGGCGUGGAAGAAAGGAAGUGUGAGUUUAGAAGGAAAGAAGGUAAUACUGGUCCCUUACAUGGAACCUCACGUUCCCAAAUAUCAUGAAUGGAUGCAAGACCCUUCUCUUCUUCAAGCCACUGCUUCCGAACCCCUUUCUCUCGAACAAGAGUAUCAGAUGCAACUCUCAUGGUCACGUGAUCUCAACAAGGAAACUUUCAUUGUCUUGGAUAAGGACUUGCUUUUUGGAACCUUCUCUCAUGGUCAACCCCACGUUGAAGCUAUGGUUGGUGAUGUAAAUAUUUUCAUGAAUGACAUCAAUAAUCCUCAAAUAGCAGAGGUUGAAAUUAUGAUAGCUGAACAAACCAGCCGUGGCAAAGGACUUGGAAAGGAGUCUGUUUUGAUAAUGAUGGCCUUUGCUAUUGAGAAGUUGGGGAUCAGAACUUUUCAGGUUAAAAUUGGAGAAUCAAAUGUAGAGUCCAUCAACCUGUUCAAAAAACUGGGGUUUGUGCAAACUUCACAUAGCAACAUUUUCAAAGAGGUGACUUUGGAGUUGCAAAUAACACAAGCCAAGAGUGAGGAGAUGCUUGGUUUGAUGGGUACUGUGAUUAAACACACAUAAGCAACAUCAUAUUAUUUAUUAGUAGUAGAAUAAUCUCUUUUGAAUAGAUUCCUUGUUCAUGAUGUGCGUAUUUCAAGCUGUCUUACCAUUACCAAUACAAGAUUAUGACAUUAUUCAUCCAACUGCUAUUACCUUUCAAGUGUAAGAAUUUGACAUUAAAAUUAUCACUAGAUUGCUAAUUGCAAUGCUCCAUUUUAUCCUUGUUAA